AUGUCUCAGGAGCGCGCGGCCCCGGCCCGCGCCGCCUCCCUGGAGGAGUUCAGCAGCUGGCCGGAGGGGCUGUGCCGCCGGGAGCUGCCGACCGCCCUGCCUCGGCUCCUCUCCAUGUAUCAACAGUCUGACACUUGGAUUGAGCACAUUCAAAUUCUGAAAAUCAUUGUAGAAAGGUUUUUACCUCAUAUGAACCACCUGACAUUGGAACAGACUUUCUUUUCACAAGUGCUGCCAAAGACUGUGAAAUUAUUUGAUGACAUGAUGUAUGAAUUGAGUAGUCAAGCCAGAGAGCUAUCAAGCCAAAACUUAGAAAUCCAGACCACUCUAAGGAAUAUUUUACAAACGAUGGUACAGGUCCUAGGAGCUCUUACAGGAUGUGUUCAGCAUGUCAGUGCCACACAGGAGUCCGUUGUUCUCAGAAAUAUCCAGAGCCUCCCCUCCUCAGUCCUACAUGUGAUCAGAAGUACCUUUGUACACUGUAAGAAUAGUGAAUCUGUAUAUUCUGGGCGCUUGCACCUCGUGUCCGACCUUCUGCAGGCCCUUUUCAGGGAGGCCUACUCUCUUCAGAAGCAGCUGAUGGAGCUGCUGGAUGUGGUCUGCGUGGGCCCUGAAGCUGAUGAGAGUGACGACAUUUUGAAUAUGGUAUUUGUUAUUCAUUCAUUGUUGGAUAUCUGCUCUGUUAUUUCCAGUAUGGACCAUGCAUUUCAUGCCAAUACUUGGAAAUUUAUAAUUAAGCAGAGCCUUAAGCACCAGUCAGUUAUAAAGAGUCAGCUGAGACACAAAGAUAUCGUCACCAGCUUGUGCGAAGACCUUCUCUGCUCCUUCGGGUCUUGCUUGCAGCUGGCGGAGCAGAUGGCCCAGGCAGGGCUCCAGGAUAAUACUGACUACAGAUUAUUUCAGAAAACACUCAAAUUGUGUCGUUUCCUUGCCAACUCUCUUUUGCACUAUACUAAGGACUUCCUUCCUUUCCUCUCCGACGCUUGCUGUGCUCUGCACCAGCUGUACCUGCAGAUACACAGCAAGGUCCCUCCCAGUCUGUAUGCCGCCGGGAUUUCCCAGGCCCAGCAGGAGGAGAUCGCGGGCACCUUCCUGGUUACCCUGGAUCCGCUGGUCUCUCAGCUGCUCCCCUUUCCGCCCUUCGUGUGCGCGGUGCUGGACAGUGAACGAGUGCUGCCCUGUGCCCUGCAGCUCCCCCAGUGCCUCCUGCUGGUCACCAUCCUGGACGCUCUGCCCGCGCAGCCCCGGGAGGUGCAGAGCCUCUGGUGUGCCCACAGUCCGGCCUCCAAAGCUGCACCCAGGGUACCUCUACUCAAAGCGCUUUUCUGCAGUUUUGAGCAGUGUUCUGGUGAACUGUCUCUGCCUGUUCAUUUACAGGGAGUGAAGGGUGGAGGGCGAGCCGCGGGCGCCGUCCCCUUGUAUCAGCACGUCUGUGUUCACCUGUGCACGUUUAUCGCUUCCUUUCAUCCCUCCCUGUUUCCGGAGCUGGACGUGGCCCUGCUGAGCGCCGUGCUGAGUGCUAACAUGAUCACUGCCCUGCUGGCCAUGGACGCCUGGUGCUUCCUUGCUCGAUACGGGACUGCGGAGCUCUGUGCCCACCACGUCACCGUAGUGGCCCACCUGGUCAAGUCUGGCCCCGGAGAGUGCUGCCAGCUCACCAACCUGUCGCUGCUGCUGCGGCGCCUCUGCUUCCUCCUGGCCCUGCCCCAGCAGGUGGACUUUAUCCAGACGUUCCCUCCGGAAGCAACAGAGAAUCUGCCUCUGUGGCAACAUAUUUCCUUCCAGGCUUUCCCUGCGGAGCUGAGGAAGCAGGCCGCCCGCGAGGUCACCAGCGUGGGUGCCACGCAGAGCCGGGGGUGGCUCCGCAGCAGUCGCACUGUGGGGGAGCUCGAGGCGCUGAACACGGCUCUCUCUGCUCUGCUUGUGGUGUGUGAUUCUGCUGGUGAGGCUCUGGAGGUCGGGCAGCAGGCGGCAGUCAUGGACGCUGGAAUUGAGCUCUGGGCUUUUCUAAACGCUAACCUGGUAACAGGUCAAGCUUAUGUUCAACAGACACUCAGCCUUUUAUUUCCACUGCUGGGAUUUUUCAUUCAAACUCUAGAUCCUCAGCUGAUAACUCAGGUGGUAACUGUGCAGGCCUCGCUGCUCAGACGGGAGCCUCCGGACCACGUUCGCUUGGCCGCCCUGGACUUCGUGCGUGCUCUGGGGAAGACGCUUCUCUGGCCAGCCACGCAGGACAGGGUGCUGCCCAGCCUGUCUUCCGUGUUCGCCGCGCUGCUGGCCGACCGGAGCUGGCUGCUCCAGCAGCACGCCCUGGAGGCGUUCACGCAGUUUGCCGAGGGAACAAAUCAUGAAGACGUCAUCCUGCAGUGCCUCCGGUCUGAAGACACUAAGGACAGAGUUGUAUCCUUUCUGGAGAAGACGGGGUUUGUAGAUGAGACGGCAGCUGCCAGAGUGGAGCGUGUGAAACAGGAAAAGGGGAUUUUCUGGGGCUCCUCGGCGAGAGUUCUGUCAGAAGAGGCGCAGUGGCCGUCUUCAGAGCCUUCCUCGAAAAGAGCCCGUCACGAGCGCCCCCUGGAGGAAGAGUACAGGUCGGCAGUGCGGGCAGCAAGAGCCGCCCUGGAGGCCGUGGGGGCCCUGCUGCAGACCGGCCCGGCUCCGGACUGGCUUCCCGUGGAAGUGCUGCGGCUGCAGGAACAGGUUGAUGAGCUGAAGCGUUGUGGGCUCCAAGAUGAAGCCUGAGUAGACCAGACCGCA